CGUAUUGUGACUGAGUCGUGCUGUACACACGUGACGCAAUGGGCGGAUCUGUCAUGGCUUCUGGCAACAGCUGAAGAGCCGGUGCAGUGUAAGUAACAGAAGUCAGCGGCUGUUGGCCAUGGAGACUUCCCUACCGGUUCUAUCUGCGGUCAGUCACAUCACCUGCGCAGCUGAAAAUCAGUCGGAAAAGGUUAAAGAGAAAGGCGAGAGGCUUAUUGGUGACGGAGCCCAGGCAGUGGCUGAAGAAAGCACAGGAGCCACAGUGUCAGGGGUGCAGGAAUCAUAUCAGGACUCGGUAUUGGCAGCAUCUGACACGGUUACGUUAGCUCCGGAAUGUAGUCAGGGGCAAAAUGGCAUUGAAUCUCCCCCUUCUGCCCUCUCACUCCCAAAGUCACUAACCCCCGAGGAACCGAGCAGCAGCGGCCAGAGCCUACCUGGAGCCUCCCAGAGCCUGGAUUCACUAGCCUCCUUCUCCAAUCUCUUGUCUUGUCCCAGCUCCGAGUUAAACAGCGAGGGACCGGAUGAGAAAGUCAGUGAAGAAGGGGAGGAAGGCAAAGAUGGAGUUGCCCCAAGGGACAGGUUCCCUGGCCAAUCAGUGUAUCAUAUUAAAUGGAUCCGAUGGAAAGAGCAGAGCACUCCAAUAGUAACUCAGAAUGAGAAUGGUCCAUGUCCCUUGUUGGCUAUUAUGAAUGUCCUGCUUCUGGCCUGGAAGGUAAAAUUGCCACCAAUGAUGGAAAUUAUUACUGCUGAGCAGCUUAUGGAAUAUCUAGGAGACUACAUUCUAGAUGCAAAACCGAAAGAAAUAUCUGAAGUGCAACGUUUGAACUAUGAGCAGAACAUGAGUGAUGCAAUGGCUAUCCUGCAUAAAUUACAAACAGGCCUUGAUGUCAAUGUGAAAUUCACUGGAGUUAGAGUAUUUGAGUACACUCCUGAGUGUAUUGUGUUUGAUCUCCUUGACAUACCUUUGUACCAUGGAUGGCUGGUGGACCCUCUGGUUCCCGAACUAGUGAAAGCAGUUGGUAACUGCAGCUACAACCAGCUCGUGGAGAAAAUCAUCCUCUGCAAGCAGUCAGACAGCAGUGAAUUAGUUAGCGAAGGCUUAGUUGCCGAGCAGUUUCUAAAUGGCACUGCCACACAGCUGACAUACCAUGGACUAAGUGAGCUGACUGCAGCCUUGCAAGAGGGAGAAUUAUGCGUGUUCUUCAGGAAUAAUCAUUUUAGCACAAUGAUUAAACACAAGGGUGAACUGUACCUUCUUGUAACAGACCAAGGAUUUCUUACUGAAGAAAACAUAGUCUGGGAGAGUUUACACAAUGUGGAUGGUGAUGGAAACUUUUGCAACUCUGAAUUCCACCUAAGGCCUCCAUCUGAUCCUGAGGUUGUGUACCAAGGACAGCAAGCCCAAAUUGAUCAGGAUUAUCUGAUGGCUCUGUCACUACAGCAAGAACAGCAAAAUCAAGAUAUCGACUGGGAGCAAAUCCCAGAAGGCAUCAGUGAUCUAGAACUGGCUAAAAAACUUCAGGAGGAGGAGGACCGCAGAGCCUCACAGUAUUAUCAAGAACAAGAGCAAGAGCAAGCGGCAUCAGCGGCUCCACCCCAGGGAGCACAGCAACCACUGCCUCCUUCAAGUCCAUCCAGCAGCCGACCAACCACUAGCGUUGAAAAAAAGAGGAAAGAGCCCCGGGAAAAGGAGAAGGAAAAGAAUUCAUGCAUCCUAUUGUAACACAGCUAAAAUCUGAGAUGCAUUAUGAAAAGGAAUGACCGUAGGUGAAGGAAAGCUAUUGAAGACCCCAGUUCUUAUACCAUCUGUGCCUGAUAAACCCCUCACUGUUUCAAUGGGGAAUUUGUUACAGACAUUCUGUAGACUUUAGCACUUACUACUCAUAUUUAUUUGGAACACGUCACAUUAUCAUUGCCAAGAAGUACAGCGUAUACAACCUAUAUAUUCUGGACUCAGCCCCCUUUUCUACAAUAUUUAUAUGCUUCACUUUUAUCCUUAAUAAUAAAAUGUAUUUAACUUAUAAUAGAGAGAGAGGAGUAUAGAUUAUUUUCCAUCAAAAACACUAAUGAAAGCAACGGAUUGCUGAAGCCUGCAGUGGGGAUGCUUGAGAAAAAGAUUUGGAAAAGGAUGGAUCGGUAGAGACUGAGAUGCUGCUUUCACAUCAAUAUUUGAUUCAUCCCCACGGAGCUUUCAGGAACAUCAUCACAAGAUCUGUGCUGUUCUGCACUCAAUCAAUUGAUCAGCCACAAGCUCUUGCUCAGAGGAAAUGUACAGCUUUUUUUUCACCUUAACCAAUAUUAAGGAAAUAUUUACUCCAGAACCAUCAUGGUGUCUGGGUACUAUGCCCAAAAUGGCAGGUUUUAAUGUUUUCUGACAAAAUACACUUUUAACAGAAUGGACCA